UUCAAUUAUUAUAGUCAGCUGGUAUUGUUAUUAUUAUUUUACAAAGCUUUUAUCCUAUUUUUUUUGUUUAAAGAAACUGCCAAAUCGAAUGAAAUUGUUUGUUGCAGCGACACGGGAACGAUGGCACCAGAGAGGUGUGUGUUUGGCAUCAUGCUGGAUGUGUCAGCCUUUUUAGGAAUGGCGACGGUGUACGUGCGCUACAAGCAGGUGGAGGCUCUGACGGGUGAAGAGGAGCUGAAGCGGGUCAGACUGAACCGCUUCGGGCUGCUGCUCGGUCUCAUCAGCUCCUUCGGGAUGUGCGUGGUCGCCAACUUCCAGAAGACCACGCUGUUCUCCAUGCAUCUGGUGGGGGCGGUGCUGACCUUCGGGGUGGGGGCUCUCUACAUCCUGGUGCAGACGCUGCUCUCGUUCUACAUGCAGCCCCACGUCCACAGCAAGAACAUCUACCUGGUCCGCCUGGGGGUGAGCCUCUGGACCCUCGGCAGCAUCAUCACCAUGUUCGUAUCGUCGGUCAUCAUGUACAGCAGUCUGCCGGGGGUCGACGUCGCUCACAAACUGCACUGGACUCCUGGAGAGACGGGUUACACGGCUCACAUCAUCAGCACCAUCUCUGAGUGGUCUCUGGCCUUCUCCUUCAUCAGCUUCUUCCUCACCUACAUCAGAGACUUUCAGAAAAUUUCCCUGCGUGCGGAGGCGGACCUUCAGAGCAGCCACCUGUACGACAGCUGGUCUCAGUCUCCGCAUCACAAACGUGACGCCUCGGAGACGUCUCCUCUGCUGGCCGGAGGGACGUGACCGCUGAGCCUCCCGCUUUACACUGACUUGAACCUUUUUUUAAAUCUGUCACCUGGCUUUUUAUAAAGACUUUCUUAAAUCUGCUGUUUUGGGUCAGCAUAGUUGUAUCUAUCCAGUCAAAUCGUUUUGAUCAAAGCAUUUCAACAUACCUGGCUAGUCAAGCCAAACUAUCUGACUGGAGAGAUGUAUACAUUCAUUUUGUAUGUUAGGUGAACUGACCCUUUAGAUGCAAAUGUGACGCUUUGCACUUUGACCUAAAACUGCAUCAGUCCCUCUUAGUGACUUUGUCCACUUCAGUGCAGCACUUUAUAUCAUGUAUACUUGCUAUUCAAUUGAAAAGGCAACCUCUAACCACCUUAAUGAGUCCAUGAAGCCCACUGAGGGUCAUAUGGUUUCAACUGUAAUGGGAGUUUACAGUCUGUGCAUACAGGACCGUUGCAUUUUUAAUGUUUUUUCCAUAUAUGCUACCAAAUAAUAGUGUAUUUUUCACAGUUUUUACUAUAACUCAAAUUCAAAAAUAUAUUAUAAACACCAUCAAAUUUUAUAAUCAUUUGUAUAUUAAUUACUCACCGGUUCUAUGUUUUAACAUCAUGAAUAAUUUCAUUUUAAAAUAACUGAUUAGCUUUUAAUUUUCUAUGUAAAAAUACUUUUUUUCAUAUUUUGUUGCUGCUUUAAUAUUCAUACUAUUUUUAAAACGGUAACAACUCUUUUUUUGUUUUCCAGAAAAUAUUUACAUUUAGCUUUUAGCUGAGACCAACAAUGGUUUCCAUUAACAAAAUAACUUUUUGCACUAUGAGGCUGACAUUUGGCACGGAGGUUAAGUGUUAGUUCAGUUGUGUGUGUGCGAAUGGACGAAUGUGUGUGGAUACUAUGUGAUUUGUUUCUGAAUAUUUCAUAUAAUUCAUUGUUUACUUAAAUGUUAACUAGAUAGCAUUAAUACUUUUUUGUUGCCGUGUGUGUGUACACACACACAAGCAUUUUGGUUUCUUCCCGUUCCUCUAGUGUGUUCUAAAGGUUUGUGUGCAUGUAAAUGGUCUGCAAAGGCUAAAAUCCGUGUGUUUCCUCCAGAGGGAGUUUCUCCAGAGGGAGUUUCCCCCCCCCUGCCUGAACAAUUCCAAUUGACACCUUUGUUUACUUCCGUAAUAUAGUGGCAUCACUAUGUAACAUUAAAGUAUGUAAACAUAUCACAGUAGAGGCACAAAAUACAAACAUAAACCUGGAAAUGAGCAGAAUAGGGCCUCUUUAAACGGAAGUGACAGCUAAUCGGUUUCACUUCACUAAGCCAGAGGAAACACCAGACAACUUAUGUUAAAUAAUGAAAACUGUCGCUAAUUUAAGAAUCCCCAAUAAUGUUGCUAAUAAUUAUUAUUUUACAUUAUUACUCAGUGUCUUAUUCUUCUGAUGGCACCCUUAAGACUCCAUAGAACCAUCUGUCUUUAUCAUAUAUUGACAUAUCUACAAUGUUUAAUCAGACACAAUCUCCUAACUGCUAACAUUGAGUUGCUAUUGUGCAUUGUUCUGUUGCUACGUUAUUCAUGUUGAGAGAAAUAAAGAUGUAUUUCUUGC